AUGCCUGGCUUAAACCCAAGCUUAGUAAGUCAUACUCUGAAUAUUGAGCUUGGUACAAAACCUAUCGUGCAGCCAAGAAGGAAUUUUCAUCCUGAAGUUGAGAAGCAAAUCAAGGUGGAAAUUGAAAAGUUGUUAGCUGCCGGAUUUAUUAAGCCAAUCAAGCAUCCUACGUGGCUAGCAAAUAUUGUCCCUGUGAAAAAGAAAACCGGUGUGAUCAGAAUAUGCACGGAUUAUCGAGACCUCAACCGAGCUUGCCCAAAGGACGAGUUCCCGCUGCCUAACAUGGAUAUCUUAAUUGAUUCGACCUCGGGUCAAGGCUUGUUGUCAUUCAUGGAUGGGUUUAGUGGCUACAAUCAGAUCAAGAUGUCUCCCAAGGAUGCCGAGAAGACAGCCUUUCGAACACCGUAUGGGAAUUUUUAUUAUACGGUCAUGCCAUUCGGCCUCAAAAUGCUGGCGCCACCUACCAAAGAGCUAUGA